AAAAUAUAUAUAUAUAUAUAUAUAUAUCAGCAAAAAGAAGCAUUACCAUCAAUGAUUCAAUGGCUCUCUCUUCACUCAGUCAUGCCACUCCACUGAAAACUCAUGGAUUCUUGUUCAAAUACCCCUUUGAUUCUUCACCUUCACUCAUUGCUUCUUUCUCACCGAAACCAAACCCUACCAGUUCCUGCAUAAUACCAAGCCACAACAAGUUGUUGGGCAAAAUUAUUCUUGAUUCUUUGAAAUGGAGGACCGGAGUUUCCUUCCUUUCAGGAUUUCCUACGAAAGGUGAAGACAUCAACAGCCUCAAGGAAGAGCUUUACAACACAAUAGCUCCUCUUGAUAGGGGUGCCGAAGCUACCCUGCAGGACAAAGAACGCGUAGAAGAGAUUGCACGUAAGCUUGAGGCACUCAACGAAAUAAAAGAACCUCUCAAGUCUAGCCUGUUAAAUGGAAAAUGGGAACUUAUAUAUACAACAUCUGAGUCAGUUCUGCAAACACAGAGGCCGAAGUUCUUACGACCAAAUGGAAAGAUCUAUCAGGCAAUCAAUGUGGAUACACUAAGGGCUCAGAAUAUCGAAACUUGGCCCUUCUUUAACCAGGUUACAGCCAAUUUAGUCCCUUUAAACUCCAGAAGGGUGGCAGUUAAAUUUGAUUUCUUCCGGAUUGCUAGUCUGACACCAUCGCACCUUGCUGCAGGAAUCAUACAUUGUUGUCAGGUAGAAGAAACAGACUUUAUGCGCGCAUAUAAGUAUUUAUUCCCGCCAUUGUUUUCCAAUGCUCUCACAGAUACCUAUAAAAAAUCCUGGAAGCGGCCGCGGUCAGUUAGAAAUUACAUACUUGGACGAGGAGUUACGAAUAUCAAGAGGCGAUAGAGGGAACUUGUUCAUAUUGAAGAUGGUUGAUCCAACCUAUAGGGUCCCGCUCUGAUGUAGCAUCUAUAACAAAAACAAUUGAAUCACCAUUGAGCCUAAAGCCUAAAGGAGUUUAGUGCGUAGACAAAGUGAUGUUUCAAAUGACUCUAACCUUUGAAGAGCGGGAUUCAAACUUGCGUGUAUGGCAUGCACAAAUACUAUAACGAAUAGAGGGAUUCGAACUUAAGUGUAUGACGGGCACACUAUGUCAGACUUGGAUGUUCCAAUCGUUAGUAUACAAGAGUUGUAAAAUCUUUCUUGAUUAUUAUUUUGUUUAUCAAGUUUGGCCUUGGCCGGAAUUUAUACCUUAA